AUGGCAAACAAUAAUCCUACAGUUAAUUCCCUGAAAUCUCGCGUCAAAAAAGGAAACACGCGAAUCAGCAAAGACGAUGCCACCGACCGAGCAAGAACUAUCGAAAUGCUUCAAAAACUAGAAAAGAUGGAAGAAAAAUCGCCAAGUAACAGCAACAACAACAACAUGCUGGGGACUGUUGAUUUGCCAAUGAGGAAAAGUGCAUCGUUUCAAAACAUAACCGAACUGUCGGAAGAUUGCCCGAUAGAUUUAGGAAGGAGAGGAUCUGAUCCACGAUUUACGCCAAGCCGGCCGGUAGGGGCGAAGAGAGACGCAAGCGGGAGACGGCAGAAACCCUGGGAACUACGGAGGUCUUCAACCCCUACUCCAGGGAGUUUGGAUGUGAGCUCAAUUCUCCAUACAGCUCUGGGGCGAUUUUCUCCCGACGUGGGACGUACAAGUGUAAAAGAAGGCGAAGAAUCAGAUGAUUAA